AUGGUGGUUAUACCACAGAAUGGGCCCCUCAUAUUCUCCAACCUUAUUUGCUUACGACUCGGAAGCCGUGGCGGCGGAUCAUUAGAUCGUGGGGUGCUCUGUCACGACUGGUGGGGCGCCUUGGCCAAAAGGCGGAAGACUCCGGCAUUGACCCCAACACCCAGCGGAAAAUUUUCAUACUUGGUGGCGAAAACGAAUGGCAGCCGACUAACGUCGGUUGAUUUCGUGGUUAACGGCUUGAGUUGUAUUAAAAUACCUCAAACCUUUUUUAAGAAAUUGGGAGCUGAAGACGAGCAGCUCAUCAGUUUUACGUUGUUCUCGUGGGACAAACGCCACAAUCAUGAUAAACUAAGUUUGAGUAUGACACUCGACGUUGCACUCGAUCAAUUAAUCAAGUCUGGAACCAUCCUGUUUACAGCUAAUAUUCUAGGCCAACCCUCGGUAUUCCUCGGUGCAGCCAACCGUCUUAUUAUUGUUGUUAGCCAGCAAUACCGCGCUGCGCCGGUUUUGCCACCCUAA